UCUAAUCUCCCUCUGUUAACUGCGGCCAGCCUAAGCGUGGUGCUCGGACUCUCUCGGGAGGCACGUGUGGGGCUAAUUUGCUGACCACGAGGUCAGGUUUUAAGAGGAAAAAAUAAACUAAAACUCCAAACAUUACACCUGGAACCCCAAACUUACAAAGGGACGAUGGUAGCCGGCAGCUCCAGACACCUACCGAUCCCGGACACUCUGAGAUCAAAUCAGAUGUCAUGGCACCCCCAGUACCGGAGCUCCAAGUUCCGCCACGUCUUUGGCAAACCGGCCAGCAAGGAGAACUGCUACGACUCCGUGCCCAUCACCCAGAGCGUCCACGACAACCACUUCUGCGCCGUGAACCCCCACUUCAUUGCAGUCGUGACUGAGUGCGCCGGCGGCGGGGCCUUCCUCGUCAUCCCCCUGCACCAGACGGGAAAGUUGGACCCCCACUACCCAAAGGUCUGCGGGCACAGAGGGAACGUCUUAGACAUCAAGUGGAACCCUUUCAACGACUUUGAAAUCGCCUCUGCUUCUGAAGAUGCCACGAUUAAGAUCUGGAACAUCCCCAAGCAGCUGCUGUCGAAGAACCUCACGGCCUGCAGGAAGGAGUUGGCGGGCCACUCCCGCAGAGUGGGCCUGGUGGAGUGGCACCCCACGGCCGCCGGCGUCCUCUUCAGCGCGGGCUACGACUACAAGGUGAUGGUCUGGAACCUGGAUACAAAGGAGACUGUAAUCAUGAGCCCCGUGAAGACAAUUGACUGUCACCAAGAUGUGAUCCUCUCUAUGUCCUUCAACACCAACGGCAGCCUGCUGGCCACCACCUGUAAAGACCGCAAGAUCCGGGUUCUCGACCCCCGAGCAGGGACGGUCCUCCAGGAGGCCAGCUACAAGGGGCACCGGGCCAGCAAAGUGCUAUUUCUGGGGAACCUGAAGAAGCUGCUGUCCACGGGCACCUCCCGAUGGAACAACCGGCAGCUGGCCCUGUGGGACCAGGACGACCUCUCCGUGCCGCUCACGGAGGAGGACCUGGACGGCUCCUCGGGGGUGCUGUUUCCCUUCCACGACGCAGACACCAACAUGCUCUACGUGGUGGGAAAGGGAGAUGGGAACAUCCGCUACUAUGAGGUGAGCGCCAGCAAACCUCACCUGAACUACCUGACCGAAUACCGCUCCUGUUCCCCACAGAAGGGGAUCGGUGUCAUGCCAAAGAGAGGUCUCGAUGUGUCCACCUGUGAGAUCUUCCGCUUCUACAAGCUGAUUACCACCAAAAGCCUCAUCGAGCCCAUAUCCAUGAUAGUGCCCCGGCGGUCGGAAUCCUACCAGGAGGACAUCUACCCGCCCACGGCGGCGGCGCAGCCCUCUCUGACGGCCAGGGAAUGGCUCAGUGGGGUGAAUAAAGGGCCAGUCCUGGUGUCCCUCAGGCCGGGCUCCGAGCUGCUGAGCCCUCGGCCUCUGCCCCCAGAGAGUGCUCCCUCCAGCCCCACAGCCCCUGCCUCGCCCCACCUCUUGGGCCAGACGGAAAAGCUGGUUGCAGAAGACGGCCAGAGGUCCUUCUCUCUGCUGGAGGAGAAGUCACCAAGGUGGGCAGCAGAGCAUAGGCUGGAAGAGAAGAAGACCUGGCUCACAAACGGCUUUGACAUCUUCGAGUGUCCCCCGCCAAAGACGGAGAACGAGCUGCUGCAGAUGUUCUACCGGCAGCAGGAGGAGAUCCGCAGACUCCGAGAACUGCUGACCCAGCGAGAGGUGCAGGCCAAACAGCUGGAGCUGGAGAUCAAAAACUUGCGGAUGAACUCAGAGCGGUUCUGAACAGAGGCGCCUGCCCUCCUCGCCCUCAGGGACCCACCACUCGGCUCCGCGGGGAGGUUCAGAAUCAAGCCACACGCCCCCCCGAGAACAACCACUAUUUCUAUAUUUUUUACCAGAAAAUGAAACUCGAUCACCGAAAGAUUCCAGUGGGACAUGGUGCCGUUUUUCUAUUUGCCUUCUCAAAACAGUGUCUGAACUGACUUUUUUUAGAUGAUAACUGCCUUCUGUUUAACUCUGUUUGUGAGGGUCCAUGAUAAGCUAUAACUUCUGAUGGGAAAGAACGUUAUACAGGUAGAAAGUCAGAGCUGAAAGGACCUGGGAGGCGAACCUGCCUGUGGUGUUCAAACUACAGUCUAUAGAGUGGGGGGCAGCUAAGCAGGAGGGCUGUACCCCCCAUCCCAACCAGAUGGCUCCCCUUCUUUCUGCUUUAUGUAUUGGCUUUGAUGAAAUACAUCAUUCUGCCACUCAAAACAUUUUAGAAGUUUGAAAACCUGUGAUUGGCCAAACUUCCUCAUUUUUUGGGGGGCGAGAAACAGAGGCCCAGAGAGUCCAUGGCAGGGCCAGGCUGAGCUUCAGGUCCCCUGGGUGCGCCUUGCCGCCGUUUCUGGUCCGAUCUAGUUGUCAGCCACACGGCAGCAAUCCGCCGGUCCUGGCCUCGGCUGCACCCAGGACUUGAAGUGCAUGACUUCAAGUUGUUCCCUCUCUGGCCUCAGUUUCUCCAUCUGAACAAAGUGGGCCCUGGAAUCUGCCAACCCAACACGUGAAAUGUUAACCUUGACCUAAGGAAAACUACCUGCAGGGCAUGAUCUGGGUUUGUCAUGGGAACUCACCAGACACCAGCAAAGGGGCAGAGGGAGUUUCACUGCAGGGAGAGAGCCAAGUUUGAGCCCAAUUCUAUAAUACAGGCAGAAGGGCGAGGCCAUCCCCUUUUCAGCCGGAAUUAGUGGGAAGUGGAGGGACACUCCCUUAUGUGGGAUGCAGACAUUGGGUCACUGGUCCAU